AUGGCGAGGAUCCAUCUGAAGAAGGUUGUCAUUGUCUUCGUUGUACUGUUUUUUAUAACGCCAGUGAUUCUUGUUAUCGCGUAUGGUGUUAAUUGUCGAAAUUUCAUAUCACCUCUCAAUGAAGAAGACUACAGAGAUGCAAUUGCGAAAAAGGAAUCACCUCUGAAAAUGAAAGAAGAUGAACUCAAAAAAUAUGAGGAGAGACUCAACACAUUAUCUGUGGCACUGAGGCGUCAAUUUCCAAAUGCAGUAGAGUACAUUUUACAAAUAUUAGACGAUAAUAUUCCCACAAUCUAUGCAAUCACACCAACACACACACGGCAUGUGCAGAAAGCCGAGCUUGUGAGACUCACAAAUACGUUUCUUCAUGUUAAAAACUUUCACUGGAUUCUUGUAGAGGAUUCAGAGUAUAGGACACCGCUGGUGACAAACUUUCUUGCACAGAGCGGGCUACGAUACACUCAUUUAAACACGGCAACGCCAAAAAAUUAUAAAAUGAAGGAGAACGACCCGCAUUGGCUGAAACCUAGAGGUGUUGAACAGAGGAACUUGGCAUUAGAUUGGUUGAGGGAGAAUAUAGACAUUGCUACGAAUUCAGGUGUUGUCUACUUCGCUGAUGAUGAUAAUACUUAUAGUCUACAGCUUUUUGAAGAGAUGAGGUUUACUGAAAAAGUUUCAGUCUGGCCGGUUGGCAUCACAGGAGGCUUAAAAUUUGAACGUCCGAUCGUUGGAGAAGACGGUAAAGUGAAAGGUUGGUAUGCUGCUUGGAGGCCACAAAGACCAUUUGCAAUGGACAUGGCUGGAUUUGCUCUUAAUUUAAACCUGCUGAAGAAGUAUCCCAAUGCUCGGUUUGACAUCACUGCCAAAAGAGGUUAUCUGGAGUCAUCUUUUCUAACACAGUUGGUUACUCUCAAUGAGCUAGAACCGAGAGCUGAAUUGUGUACAAAGGUAUUGGUUUGGCACACAAGAACUGAGAAACCUAAAUGGAAAGAAGAGGAUGCAAUGAUAGCGAAAGGUCAGCCAUCUGAUCCGAGAGUGGAGGUCUAG